AUGUCAAUAUUCAUGAUAUUAUGUAUAGGAGAAAAUUCUGCUCAGUCUGCUGCUAGCAAUUUCUACUUUGGUUUUAUGAAUGGCAGUGGAAAUAGUGGAAAUGGUGGGUUUGCUUUUGUGGUGACAAAUUUAAGUAAUGUCUCAUACAAUAUUUCGUUUGAAUACACCGGUAAUACAAUCAGAGGAAAUGUAUCAAAGGGUAGUUCUCCAAUUUUAGCUGAUUUAAGAUUUGGUUCUUUUGUUGAAGUUUCGUCAAACACUUUUGAAGAUCGUUUUAAAAGCUUUCAUGUGCAAAGUGACAAACCAAUUUCAGUAACAGUUAUAGAUGGUGAUGAUGUAUCAAGUGAGUUCCUAGUGUUACCAUGUCAUGAGUAUACAGGUAUCAAUCGAUACGAGUAUUAUACUGUUUCCACUAGUAGUUAUAGUAACACUACUUUCAGUGAGGCACUGAUAAUUGGCUGUCGUGAUGGCACAAAUGUAACUAUAACACCAUCAGCUGAUCUGUUCUUGCCUAUUGAUGCACAGUUGGAUGGUAGUAGAGAUACUUUAGUUAUUGCAGGUAGCUCUCAUACUCUUGUAUUGCAUGAAGGACAGACACUUCUAAUGGGUAGCAGAGGAGGUGCUGAUAUAUCAGGGACACACAUUAAAUCUGAUAAACCAGUUACAGUGAUUACUGGUCAUGAGUGUGGUAGUACUCCUAAUAUGAUUGCUAACAAUGCUUGUUUCUAUAUGCACUUGCAAGUGCCUCCUACUGUGACUUGGGGUAAAAAAUUCAUUUUGAGUGACUUCACCAGUAUAUAUGAUAAUGUUAAUUUUGAUUACACUGAAUAUGUGAAGCUCAUUACUUCCCAGGAUGAUACUAUGGUAACAACAGACUGCAAUGGAACCACUAGCUCCAUCAAAUACCAUAAAAGUGGUGCAGUUGGUACUUAUGAGUUUAAUAUACUUACUGGUAAUUUUUGCUAUAUAGCAGCAAACAAACCGAUACUUGUAGUACAAUUCCCUCAUCAUAGGUCUUAUACUACUAUGGUGCUAGUACCACCAGUUGAACAAUAUCUUCAAAGAGUUGAUUUUGAUUUAAACUAUCACACUUACUCUAAAUUUGUCAUUAUAGCGACUCCUGAAGGAUUCUCGCCAUCAGCCAUUCUUUUCAACAAAGUAUCAUUAACUAACUGGACAACAAUAUAUGAUUCUUCGGGGAAUAUUUUGGGAUAUGGAACUGUGAUUGAAAUGUAUCGGGGUAGUGAUAGGUAUAGGAUUCCAAGUAGCAACAGUGUGAUCCACACAGGCAGCAAUGGAAAAUUAUCAGUUUUAGUGCAAAAGACGUAUUAUUAUAAUUACCAGUAUCUGCUAGGGCACUCACCAGUAUUGUCAUUACAGUCAAGUGUAAUUUGUAAUUUCUCUUGCAAUAAUGGAGAAUGUAUUGCUAAUAAUUUGUGUCAGUGUCUUGAUGGUUGGGCAGGUGAUUACUGUGAUCAAGUAUUAUGUGAACCAGAAUGUAGCAAUGGGUAUUGUAUUCAAGUUAAUACCUGUGUGUGUGAUUCUGGAUGGACGGGUGAUAGAUGUAGACUAGAUAUUGAUGAAUGUCAGUUGUCCAAUGUGUGCAAUCAAACCUGUAUUAAUACUCAAGGGUCUUAUUAUUGUUCUUGUGAGUUUGGAUAUCAAUUGACUAGUGACAAUUAUACAUGUGAAGAUAUUGAUGAAUGUGAGAGUAGCAAUCACAGCUGCACUCAUUUUUGUGUCAAUACCCCUGGUUCAUAUGCCUGCUCAUGUAGAAAUGGAUACAAUAUUCAAAAGAAUGGAAGCUGCGCAGAUAUUGAUGAGUGUUCUCUGGGGAUUAGUGGCUGUCAACAACACUGCUUUAAUACUAAUGGAAGCUAUAACUGCUAUUGUGACUCUGGAUAUGCACUGGAUUUAGAUAAUACCUCUUGCAAUGAUAUUAAUGAGUGCAUCAAUGAUAUAUGUCCUGAUAAAAGUACUUGUGUCAAUAAAUUUGGAAGUUAUGAGUGUAACUGUGCCACUGGAUAUAAAAUGAAUAGCACUGGACUCUGCAGAGAUAUUGAUGAAUGUUCUGACAAUACUCACAUUUGUUCUCAACAUUGUAUCAAUACUGAAGGAUCCUAUAACUGUUCCUGUUCUAAUGGAUUUAUGCAAAGAUUUAAGUACUUUUGCUUUGAUGUCAAUGAAUGUUCUAAUUCUAAUCUUCACAACUGUACUGGGAAUGAGGUGUGCCAGAAUACAGUUGGCAGCUUCUUGUGUCAGUGUAAAGAUGGAUUUACUCGUAGUAGUAAUGGAUUAAAUUGUAAACUUCAACCAUGCCAUGAAAUAUUACAGGAUCCAAUUAAUGGUAUGGUGACCUGUCCUUCAGGCAAUGAAACAAAUGAUACUUGUUAUUAUUCAUGUGAUAUUGGAUAUGACUUGAAUGGUGGAUCAGUACAGCGUACUUGUCAAUCAAAUGGACGCUGGUCAGGAAGACCUCCUUCAUGUUAUCCGGUCUCUUGUCCAUUGCUUUUACCACCAGAGAAUGGUUAUCUACAGUUACCUUGUCCUAAUGUAUACCAGUCACUAUGUAUAAUAAGAUGUUUUGAUGGUUAUACAUUUGGUGGGACUAGUAACACUAUUAGUAGAGUUAUUUGUAGUCUUUCAUCAAGUAACAUGAGUCGGUGGAAUGAAACUGUGAAUUGUACAAAAACUAACCCUUGUUCUACUAAUCAAUGUCUUCAUGAUGGAGUGUGUCUGCUAGCUGAUAAUGCCAAUGGAUUUGUAUGUAACUGUACUGGAACACUGUAUGAAGGAGAAAGGUGUGAAAAAAGUUUAAUAUUGAUUGAACCUGUUGGGUUUGUGUUAAAACAAGGUAUACAACAGAUAAUUACUAUUAGAGCAAAGCCAGAUAAUAAAACUGAGUAUAAAUUUGAAGGCUGCGGUACCACUAAAACCUUUCGUGUUUUUGAUAGAAGCUACUUUUUGUAUCCAUGUGCUUUCUACCUCAGCAGCAACAAAACAAAUGUGAGUGUGACUAUUUCAAAGUUGAGUCAGCCUGCAAUGAUUGGCACAUUUUUUCUUAAACUUAAUACCUCCAUUUCACCUAGUGUUCCAUUUAUCAUUACCUCUGAGAAACCUUCAUCAUUUUUUGCUAACUAUUCUGAAAUUAAGCCAGGUUGCUCUCAUAUCAACAUCAAGAUAUGCUCUAAUAUCAAUGAUAUUAAACUUACUUCAUCCUGUGACUGGACAAACAGGAGCGAUUCACCUCAAACUCGUGUAACUAAAGGAAUAGUGAUCAUUCAGUAUGAUAGCAUGGAAAUACCUCUUUCAUUGGCAGGCAUAGAAACAACUGAUAGCGUUAUAAAUAGUUCACUUCCUGCUAGAAGAUCAAGCAACAAUCCGACAUGUAAUGUCACCCCAAUUAACACUUCUGUACAUUGUUAUCAGUACAUACCAAGUGCUGAAGAUUUCAGUGAAUUUGUUAAGAGGCAGUCGCUUGCUGUUACCUUCCUUUCAUCAAUCAGGAGAACCAUUUUUCCCAAUUGGCUUUCGCUAGAUAUAACAGAAGACAGUAAUGCUUUAAAUAAAUUAAGUAAUACUGACUAUCUUGCUAAAUUACUAUCAGCAACAGCAAUAUUGGGUGAAAAAGGAUGUGAAUCAUUAGUUCUAAGGCAUGAUACAGGACGGUUUCUUUUAUUGCAGCAUAAUGGACCUUUAAAUCUUACAAUAAAAAAUGAAUUAUCAUCUAAGACAUUAAAGUCUCCAUUAUCAUUCAAUUUUUAUUGUAUUGCUCUUCAUGUAUGCUCUGGUCGAAUCUCUCCACUCUAUAUUGGAAUACCUCCUUCAGCUCAGGAUGGCAUUAAAAGUAUCAAGUUCAUUUCAAACUAUGUCAGUAAAGGAUGGGAACUAAAUUUUAGAAGUGCCACUCUUCAAUCAACAUUUAUCAAGAAUUGA